AUGGAGUUAAUAAGACGACGUGGAAAUGAAAUAUUCGAGUUUGAAUUGAGAAACAAAGUGAUCUCUGUCUUACAGGUAGGAUCUAUUGGACGAGGUGUCUGUGUCUUCGUGGGGAUUAGCAAAGAUGACAAAGAAGACGAUAUAGAAUAUAUAGUGCGAAAAAUAUUGAAUAUUCGACUUUUUGAAUCGGACAAAAAGCGAUGGGACAAAUCCGUCAAAGACGAAGGUCUCGAAGUGCUUUGUGUCAGCCAGUUUACGCUCUAUGGAAUUCUAAAGGGAAAUAAGCUUGAUUUUCACAAUUCUAUGAAUCCUGAAGAUGCAUCUGCUUUUUAUGCGCGAUUUAUGGAUAGAAUGCGUUCAUCAUAUUCUCAUGAGAAGAUUCAGGAUGGUCGCUUUGCUGCUUACAUGAAUGUUGAUAUUGAGAACGAUGGUCCUGUUACAAUCAAUAUAGAUAGUAAGAUUAGGGACUGA